GCUGCAGGUUUCACUUAUGGCAUACCAUUUCUAAAAAUAUUGAAACAUUUCAUUUAAAUCUUACGUGAAUACAUACAAUAAAUAAAUCGUUAUAUUAAAAAUGUUAAAAAAUUUAAAUACUUUCACUCGAUUUGGCAGACAAAUUGGAAGAAACUUUUCAUCAGUUACAGCCACAUCGUCUAAUGCAAAAGAAGAUAUUACUCAAGUUCAUGACUUUUUACAGGAGCAAGCUUUAAAAGAAAACUGCAUUUUAGUUGACAAUGAAGAUAAUGCAAUUGGUGCAGCAUCUAAAGCUGAUUGCCACCGUGUUGAUAAAAAGACUGGUGCAGUAAAAUUACAUCGAGCCUUUAGUGUUUUUCUGUUUAAUGAAAAGGGAGAAAUGCUUGUACAGCGACGAUCUGUGCACAAGAUCACAUUUCCGGAUACAUAUACUAAUGCUUGUUGUAGUCAUCCAUUGUUUGACAUUGAAAAUGAGCGUACCGAAGAAAAUGCCUAUGGCAUUCGAAGGGCAGCACAACGCCGUUUGAAUUACGAACUGGGAAUACCAACCGACCAAAUUGAACCAGACAACUUUCACUUUUUGACACGUAUUCAUUAUGCAAACACAGGUGAUGGCAAAUGGGGUGAACAUGAAAUUGACUACAUAUUAUUUUUGCAGAAGGAUGUUGAUUUGCAGCCUAAUAGUAAUGAAGUGAGCGAUAUUAAAUUCUUAAAAAGAUCUGAAAUAGAUAUGGCAGUCUCACGUUUUGAUGCGCCCUUGACCCCUUGGUUUAAACUUAUAUUACAUCAUCGGCUAAAAACUUGGUGGGAUAAUUUACAUCAAUUAAAUAAAUUUGAAGAUCACAAAACCAUACAUCGCUUUGCAUAAAAAAAAAUUCAAAAUUGAAUGCAGUGUGAGAUGCCAAAGAGAAAACAAAACAAACAAUGGUUUUGGUGUUAAUGCAGAAAGACCUCUAAAAAUGAAUCUGGAAAAAUUGUUUUAUUUCAUAUUUUUAUUUAUGGUAAUUUUAGGUAUCAGUGUAAAUAAAUAUGUAUGGAUAUGCAUAUGUAAAUAUAAUAACAAUAAAUAGCGUUUUAAAUGAUCACA